AUGACAUCAUUCACCGUCACGCUAAUCAUGUUUUGCUCGCCAAGCAAUGGGACACUAAAAGUGCAUCCGGUUAGAGCCUCAACGAGUCGGAUAUCGAUUUUGAGCUCCAAAUCAUCGUCCCGUUUCGAAAACAAUGCGUGUCUUUUCUCGGUUAUUGUGAAUACCACGUCAGCAGGGUCUGACCCUGACACCUCGUCUCCCUUUCCCUCGAACGUGAUCCUCGUGCCCUGUCUCCAACCGGGCUUCACUUUUAUCGUGAAUGUCUCGUCUUCUUGCACGACUUGCCUGUCGAUCCGAAGCAGAGCUCCUCGAGGCUGCAGUCGAGCUUCUGCUCGUUCGCGCGCGGCUUCACGAGCCCGUGCGAGUUCGAGUAGAGUAUUGGGCCCGUUCGGCUCGUGCUCCUCGAGAAAGUGCGGUUGA